AUGGAAGAAAAAGGAAGCUCAAUUGUUAAAAGUCGACAAUUAGCAACAGUCACGUCCAGGACGACCAUUAAGGAUCAAAGCGACAAGUUGUGGGACUCUGUUUUCUGGCGUGAGGAAAAUUACCGACCGGACAGGACGACGACAACUUUGAAUGAAAUUUUCGACAUACUGGACGCGGAAACUCAAAAGAAACUGGUGGAUAUGUUUCAAAAAGCGGAGACUUCGAUUAAUAAAUACGAUAAAAGAAGAGGGGAACAUUUACGUCGUGAAAAUAGUAAAUCGAACGAAAAUGAAAGAAGAUCACAGGCAAUGGAUCAAGAGGUAUCCAGCCGCAAUCAAACCGAGAAAUGGGAACUUGCAAUAGGCCUAAGUCAGUCGACUGAACAAAAUAGAAAUGCAGAGAAUAAAGAAAGAAUUCAACACAAUUAUGACUCCGACAGUUGGGCUGACGUGGACAGAAUCAGUUCAGCCAUUUCAGGGAAAAUGGCAAACGAUUCCGAUAGUUCCCGAUGGGUCGAAAUGUGGAAAGAAGACGUGGAAAAAUUAUUACAAGAAAGUAGAAACUACGUCCGAUGGAACGGAGAGAAGUUCGUGCCCAAACCCAUGCAACUGAGCAAAAUCAAUUUGGGCAAAUUUCGUGACUCCCAAUCGUUUCAGGAUCGUACCGUCCGUGUCCGUUACACCAACGCAGAACUGUCGGUACCGAUCAAAUUUAUGGAACACGCUGAAUUGGUCGUCACUGACGAAUGGAACAAUAUGAAGGAUGAAAUCAAAGCCACUACAGCUCUCUUAAAAGCAAAUGUGAUGAACCUGGUAAAAACAAAUACCGAACUGGGGAAUGUGAAGAAUAAUUUAAAUGACACGAGCAUUUAUUUAACUAAUAAAUUAGACGGAACUAUCCAGGAAUUGGAGAAAACGAGGGCCAAUGUCAAUGAUUUAUCAACAAAAUUAAACACGACAGAAAAAGAGAUUAAAAUCAUGACCGGAAAUUUGCCAACGGAACUCAAAGCAAUUACUAAUCAACUCAAAACCACCGAAGACAAGUUGAGAAACGAACUGUGA